AUGGAAACGUCAUUUACCGAAAAUCUUUUAAGACUUCGAGCUGAAAACUCAGAGACUGCCUGUGCUUGGUAUAAAAAGUUGAUGCAAAAGACUUGUGUUGUUAGAGAUUUGGAUGGCAUAUUUGCUUUUACUUUUUUUAAUCAAACAUCAAAAAAGCCACCAAAUUGGUUACGUAAAGAGACUAAAAGGCUUUCUGCUUAUGAACAUUUGCACAACGAAUUUCGACGUUUAAAACUUCCAGAUGAUAAUUGGCGAAUUUCUGUGAAAAAUGAGACAUUUGAAAUUUGUCCGACUUAUCCUCAAUUUUUGUUUGUUCCAAAAUCUGUUAGCGAUGAGGAUUUGAAGCAAAUGUCUUAUGGCCGUUGCUAUCGUCGAUUCCCUACAGUUGUUUGGCGAAACAAACGUAAUGGAGCUGUUUUAUUGCGAAGCAGCCAGCCAUCUAUUGGCUUUUUUGGAUUGACAAACGAAAAGGAUAUCUCUCAUUACGAAAGAAUUCGUUCUGCGAUCUCUCCAGAUUUAAACAAAAAGUUUCUUAUUGUUGAUGCUCGUUCUUACACGGCUGCUUGGGCAAAUAGAGCCAAAGGAGGUGGAUUUGAAGGACCAGAUACUUACCCUAAUGCUGACGUUAUCUUUAUGGGUUUGGCAAAUAUUCACAACAUUCGAUACAGCUUUCAUCAACUUCGUCAAACUCUUAACGGCGCUUUAGAUCCUAAUAUUUUCCUUCAAAAUUUGCAAUCUACACUUUGGCUACAUAAUAUUUGUCAAUUGUUUAAUUCUGUUGAACGUUGUUUAAAAUCUUUGUGCAAUGAAGGUACCAGUGUUCUUGUUCAUUGCUCGGAUGGUUGGGAUCGUACUACUCAAAUUGUUUCGUUGUGUAUGUUAAUAGCCGAUCCGCAUUACCGCACUUUUGAAGGUUUUGAAUUUUUAAUUCGUUGGCAAUGGAUUGAAUUUGGACAUAAAUUUUCUGAUCGCUGUGGUGUUCUUAAUACUGAUGAUAAUGAAAAGUGUCCAGUUUUUCUUCAAUUUUUGGAUUGCGUUUAUCAACUUUGGGAGAAAAAUACUGACCAAUUUGAAUUUAAUCGGCGAUAUUUGAUGAAACUUGCCCAACACACUUUUUCUGGUCUUUUUGGGACUUUUUUGUUUAAUUCUUUGAAGGAUGCAAUAAAAAAUGGAUGCGAUCCAAAUGAUACUGAUGAGCAUAGACAUCGUUGUUUUCAAGUUUGGAGUUAUUUGGGGAAACACAAUACAGAAUUUCGCAAUCCUGCCUUUCGUGAGGAUUAUGCUGGUGGAAUGCUUCGUUACCCAAAAACUUUACCAGAAUUGUUGAUUUGGAGAGAUGCUUAUUAUUGUACGGCUGAUCAGUCGCUAAUUAAUAAUCCGAAUGAACCUUCUCAUCAAAAUACGGGAACAGGCAGCACACAAGAUGUUUCUUCUGACAAAGUAAAUAAUGGUCUUUCUCGAUCUCAGUCAGCAGCCAGUCUGACAUCUUUAGUAGAGCAAUCAAUGAAUUUAACAACUCCAAUUCCAUCUCCAGGGCCAACCAUUGGUUUUGGUGUUUCAUGUGGUUCGCCUUGUAUUGGACAUUCAGCGACAAAGAUACAUGAUAAUUGUACAAUAGGUUCAAUUUCUGCAGUUUUCUGCCAGGUUCUUUUACUUUCCAAAUAUAUUAAUUUUGUUUUUUCCGAAUUGAGAAAAGGAAAUUUUCCAAAAAUUUUUGUUAAUUUUGGAAUGAAAAAAAAAGAAUUUUUUGAAUUUAAUUCCUUUAAUAUAUUUUCGGAUUAA